AUGCAAAACACUGACUUCGUCACUCCCGACGUGGCCGAAAAUGAUAUUCCCCCUCCCGCUUACGGCGACACCUAUGGCGAAAUUUGCAACGAAAAAGACGGCCUGAGUACUAGUGCAUUUGUCACUGACGACGGCCGUGUCAACAUCCGCAUCAAUCAUCUCAACCGGCGUUUGUCUGGGCUCUUUGCUCCAGCUCUAUCUCAACAGCCCCAGGGUGUUCAAGACAAUCUCCCACACCCUUUCGCCUGCAGUCAUCACUUAGAAGGCGAGGAGAAGGCGCUUCCACCCCCGAGCUUGAAUAUUGUCAUUCAGGUUGUGGGCUCGCGCGGAGACGUGCAACCCUUUGUUGCCUUAGGGAAAGUCUUAAAAGAUACCUACGGUCAUCGCGUACGUCUAGCGACUCAUUUCAACUUCAAGAAAUUUGUAGAGGAGAAUGGUUUGGAGUUCUUUAACAUCGGCGGCGAUCCAUCCCGGCUAAUGGCCUUCAUGGUCAAAAAUCCCAGCUUGAUGCCGGGCUUUCGCAGUUUCCUAAGUGGGGAUGUCGGUCAACAAAGGAGAGAUGUUGCCGAGUACAUUCAAGGCUGUUGGCGAUCAUGCUUCGAAACAGGAGAUGGGGUGAGUGUUGAUGACAGUGAACAUGGCAAUUCAGAGGACCCCGGUGACAACCCUAGCUUCAAACCUGCUGCAAGGCCAUUCAUAGCUGACUGCAUCAUCGCCAACCCUCCAAGCUUCGCCCACAUUCACUGCGCAGAGAAGCUAGGCAUCCCUCUCCAUAUCAUGUUCACCAUGCCAUACUCUCCAACUCAAGCCUUCCCACAUCCGCUGGCCAACAUUCAAUCCUCCAAUGCCGACCCGCAACUUACUAAUUACAUAAGUUAUGUCAUGAUUGAGUUGCUUUCGUGGCAGGGUCUAGGUGAUAUCAUCAACCGAUUUCGCAAAAAGUGUCUCGGUUUAGAUCCCGUGAGUCUAAUUUGGGCCCCCGGCAUGCUCCAACGUCUCAAAAUUCCUCACACCUACUGCUGGUCUCCGGCCCUCAUACCUAAGCCGAAAGACUGGGGCCCUCAUGUAUCCAUCUCCGGCUUUUACUUUCUCAACUUGGCCUCUAGCUAUACUCCUGCAGCUGAGCUCCAGGCAUAUCUCGACGCUGGUCCUCCCCCCGUCUACAUAGGAUUCGGAAGCAUUGUGUUAGAUGAUCCUGAUGCAAUGACGGAGCUCAUCUUCGACGCUGUCAGGAAGACUGGACAACGUGUCGUUCUUUCCAAGGGCUGGGGAGGCCUUGGCUUGGACAGUCUUCGUCUUCCCGACGGCGUCUUUAUGCUGGGCAAUGUGCCGCAUGACUGGCUGUUCAAACAUGUGUCUUGUGUCGUCCACCAUGGCGGGGCAGGAACCACGGCGGCAGGCAUCGCCGCAGGACGCCCGACUGUCAUUGUUCCCUUUUUUGGAGAUCAACCAUUCUGGGGCGCCAUGAUUGCGCGCGCAGGGGCUGGUCCCGAUCCAAUUCCAUGUAAACAGCUCACAGCUGACAAACUAGCUGACGCCAUCAACUUCUGCUUGAGGCCCGAAAGACUGGAACGAGCCAAAGAACUCGCUGGAAAAAUCGCGGCAGAGCAAGGCAGCGUCAUGGGCGCACAGUCGUUCCAUCAAUAUCUCGAGGUUGAUCGACUCCGUUGUACUCUCGAACCAUCUCGGCAUGCUACGUGGCGCAUCAAACGCACCCAGGUCAGGUUGAGUGCCUUUGCCGCUUGUACUUUGGUGGAAGCAAAUCUUUUAGAUUUUCAUGAUUUGAAACUCUUCAGACCACAAGAAUACUCCACCGAUGAAGGUCCAUGGGAUCCGGUAUCCGGAGGUGCUGCAGCAUGUUUUAGAGCAUUCAGCAGUAUGGCGAUGGGCGUAGCUGAGUUUCCUUGA